AUGAUGGGACUAUUCAAACUUUAUUUUUUGUACAGUAUAUUUGCCAUCUUCCCAGCUCUAGGCUUUGGGGUCGACCCUGCCCUCCACAUCAACGUAUUCGAUGAACUGAAGUUGGGAGAGUCUCACGCUGGAGUUUUUCAAGUUCAGGGGUUCCACAAUGAGAGCAGAGCCUUUCUUUUCCAAGACUCAUGGAGGAACGUGAGGGUGAAGGAGGAUGUAGCAGAGGUGAUGCUCCAGAAGCUGAGAGACAAGACAGAGUUCACUGUGCUGGCCACUCUGAAGCAGGAGAGACUCAACUCUGGAGUCCUGCUCUCCAUACACUAUGCAGAGCACAGGUAUCUGGAGUUGGAGAGCAGUGGGCAGCGUAAUGAGAUCCGUCUCCACUACCGUACCAGGGACCAGCGACAACACACUGAGGUGUUCCCCUACUCCCUGGCAGACGCCCAUUGGCACAAGCUGUCUGUGGCCGUCAGUAUCUCCCACGUGGUGCUGCACGUCGACUGUAACAGGAUCUAUGAGAGGGUGAUAGAGAAUCCGUCUAUGGACAUUCCCUCUGAUACCACUGUCUGGCUCGGACAGAGGAACCAGGCCCAUGGAUACUUCAAGGGUAUAAUGCAGGAUGUUCAGCUGGUCGUCAUGCCUCAAGGCUACAUCUCCCAGUGUCCAGACCUCAACCGCACUUGCCCCACCUGCAAUGACUUCCAUGGGCUGGUACAGAAGAUCAUGGAGCUGCAGGAUGUCUUAGCCAAGACCUCCAGCAAGCUGUCGCGUGCGGAGGAGAAGAUGCAGGGUCUGGAUGGUUGUUACUGUGAGAGGAGCUGCAGUAUGAAUGGAGUGCUGUACAGGGAGGACGAGGGAUGGACAGACGGAUGCAGGAACUGUUCCUGCUAUAAUGGUACAGUCCAGUGUGAGAGCAUCUCGUGCCCCCCUCCCCAGUGUCCCCCUGACUCCGCCCCUGCCUAUGUGCCAGGCACGUGCUGCAAAGAGUGUCAGCCUGUGUGUCUGUUCAGAGGAAGGGUGUAUGUGGAAGGGGACUUGAAGAGUGUGAGGGAUUCAUCUGGAAACUGUUUACUGUUUGAGUGUCAGGAGCACAGUAUGCAGAGGGUGGAGAACGCUCCCUGUCCUGAACUGACCUGCCCCGAGUCUGAACACAUCACCCUUACAGACCGCUGCUGCAAGGUCUGCAGAGGUCAUCAUUUCUGUGUGGAGGGCCCCAGUCCCAGCUGUGUGGAGAACUCGGAAUGUGUGAAUCUGGAGGCUGGGUCCUGCUGCAGCUGUAAAGAUGGCUACAGCGCCCUGAGGGAUGACAGCGCGUACUGUGGAGAUAUUGAUGAGUGUGCUGAGGGGAAGCACUACUGCAGAGAGAACACCAUGUGUGUCAAUACUCCAGGAUCCUUCAUGUGCAUCUGCCACACUGGAUACAUCCGGAUCGAUGACUAUUCCUGCACAG